AUGCAUGCACCACGUACAGAAAUUGACAUUGCUCCACCAACACUUCCUCUCGCUGUUCUAUCGAUUUCUGUUGACGUUUGGCUAGAGCUUGAUGGUGUCAUGCCGGCCCUCUCAAGGGAAAAUGACUUCAUCACUUGUUUGUACUCUGUUCACAGAGAAAGAAGAGAGAAAGGGCAACAUGCAUUACGAAAGAAGAGAGAGGAAGGAACGGAAUCCAAAACGGAAGGUGGAGAAGGACUAGAAGGAAAGAGAAUCAUGAGUAGCAGUUGUUCGUCCAAUGGAUUGUUGCCAUCUUUGGCGUCUCCUAGGCAGGCUGAUGACUUAGAGGCGGGACCUACCAAGGAGUUUCAACUUGAAGAUGAUGAUUUGGUUGAUGAAUCUGAUCCUUUUGAUAUUGCUCAUACCAAAAACGUUCCUCUCGAGAUUCUUCGCCGAUGGAGGCAAGCAGCGCUUGUGUUAAAUGCUUCCCGGCGUUUUCGGUACACCUUGGACUUGAAAAGGGAAGAGGAGAAAGAGCAAAGAAGGCGGAUGAUCAGAUCCCAUGCGCAAGUCGCAGCAUUACUCUUUCGGUUGGCAGGGGAACGACAGAUUGUGUUGGGUCCCUCAGCUACAUCUCCAAAUGCUACUGGUGAUUAUGACAUUGGACUAGAGCAACUUGCUUCAAUGACCAGGGAUCAUGAUUUUUCUUCUCUGCAACAAUGUGGUGGUGUCAAAGGGUUGUCAAAGAUGCUGAAAACCAAUCUUGCGACUGGUAUUACUGGAGAUGAGAAUGAUUUGACAAAACGUAGGAAUGCAUUUGGAACAAAUAGAUAUCCUCAGAAAAAAGGACGGAGUUUUUUGAGGUUCCUCUGGGAAGCUUGGCAAGAUUUAACCCUCAUUAUCUUGAUUGUAGCUGCCAUAGCAUCAUUAGGAUUGGGAAUCAAGACAGAGGGUUUGUCACGUGGAUGGUAUGAUGGGGCGAGCAUCUCUUUUGCUGUUAUUCUUGUCAUAGUUGUUACAGUUUUCUCUGGAUUACUAGCUGUUAGCGAUUACCGUCAAUCUCUGCAGUUUCAAAAUUUAAAUCAGGAAAAGCAAAACAUACAGUUGGAGGUCAUGAGAAGUGGUAGAACGAUGAAAAUUUCAAUAUUUGAUAUUGUUGUUGGUGAUGUUGUACCUCUUGGAAUAGGUGAUCAGGUUCCAGCUGAUGGAAUCUUGAUUUCCGGCCAUUCUCUUGCCAUAGAUGAAUCUAGCAUGACGGGUGAAAGCAAGAUUGUUCACAAGGAUCAAAAGGCUCCCUUUUUGAUGUCUGGUUGUAAAGUAGCAGAUGGUAUCGGCACUAUGCUGGUAACUGGUGUUGGAAUAAAUACUGAAUGGGGAUUGUUGAUGGCAAGUAUUUCAGAGGAUACUGGUGAAGAGACUCCCUUGCAGGUACGAUUGAAUGGACUUGCAACUUUUAUAGGCAUCGUCGGGCUUGUAGUAGCACUUUCUGUGCUAGGUGUCCUUUUGGGCCGCUACAAUCUCAAUAAAUUUGUCAGAUUCUUUACUGGAAAUACGAAAAAUCCAGAUGGAAGUGUCCAGUUUAUCAAAGGCGAGACAUCUGUCAGUAAAGCAGUAGACGGAGUGAUAAAAAUCGUUACUGUUGCAGUUACAAUUGUGGUUGUUGCUGUUCCUGAGGGACUUCCAUUGGCUGUUACCUUGACUCUGGCAUAUUCAAUGCGGAAAAUGAUGGCAGAUAAAGCCUUGGCAAUUUAUGAAACAUCUUUAUCUAACAGCAUAGAUAUUCAGGUUCGUAGGCUUUCAGCAUGUGAAACUAUGGGCUCUUCAACAACAAUUUGCAGUGAUAAGACUGGAACUUUGACAUUGAAUCAGAUGACGGUAGUGGAGGUGUAUGUUGGGAAGCAGAAGAUAAACCCAUCGGAUGACCCCUCACAAUUGCACUCAGAAGUUGGCUCUUUAUUAUGCAAUGGUAUUGCACAGAACACCACUGGCAAUGUGUUUGUUCCCAAGGAUGGUGGAGGUGUAGAGAUUUCUGGAUCUCCAACUGAAAAGGCUAUCCUCUCUUGGGCAUUGGGGAUGAAGUUUGAUGUUCUCAGAUCAGAGUCCAAAAUUCUGCAUGUUUUUCCCUUCAAUUCUGAGAAAAAACGAGGUGGUGUUGCAGUACAAACGAGUGAUUCUAAAGUUCACAUAUAUUGGAAGGGAGCAGCUGAGAUGGUUCUUGACUCUUGUAACAGAUAUCUCGAUUCAAGUGGUUCAUUGCAAUCCAUUGAUGAAGAUAUGGAUUUUUUGAAGGCAGCUAUUAAUGACAUGGCUGCCUGCAGCUUGCGGUGUGUUGCUAUUGCCUACAGACCAUAUGAAUCAGACAAAGUUCCUACUGAUGAAGAGAGCUUAGACAAAUGGGUUUUGCCCGAAGAUGAACUUGUUUUGCUUGCUAUUGUUGGCAUUAAGGAUCCUUGUCGCCCUGGCGUAAAAGAUGCGGUGAGCAUAUGCACAGCAGCUGGUGUAAAGGUACGAAUGGUCACUGGAGACAAUAUUCAAACAGCGAAAGCAAUAGCUUUGGAGUGUGGGAUUAUCAGUUCAGGUGCUGACACUAAGGAGCCUAAUAUCAUUGAAGGAAAAGUAUUCCGUGCAUAUUCGGAAAAAGAAAGAGAAAUAAUUGCCAAGAAAAUAACGGUGAUGGGGAGGUCGUCUCCUAAUGACAAGCUUUUGCUUGUGCAAGCCCUUCGUAAGGGAGGGGAAGUUGUAGCUGUGACUGGGGAUGGCACAAACGAUGCUCCUGCACUUCAUGAGGCUGAUAUAGGCCUUUCUAUGGGCAUUCAAGGAACUGAAGUAGCAAAAGAGAGCUCGGAUAUUGUUAUCUUGGAUGAUAAUUUUGCUUCUGUUGUAAAGGUUGUCCGUUGGGGGCGUUCAGUGUAUGCCAACAUUCAGAAAUUUAUCCAAUUUCAACUUACUGUUAACGUUGGAGCUUUAGUAAUCAAUGUUGUUGCAGCAGUCUCUUCUGGUGAUGUUCCUCUAAACACACUUCUAUGGGUCAAUCUUAUCAUGGACACACUUGGGGCACUUGCAUUGGCUACGGAACCGCCAACAGACCACCUUAUGCAUAGGACACCAGUCGGUCGAAGGGAACCUCUUAUAACAAAUAUCAUGUGGAGGAACUUGCUCAUACAGGCUUUAUAUCAAAUUGCUGUCCUCCUUGUACUCAACUUCCGUGGCUUGAGUAUUCUCAAUUUGAAUCAUGGCGACAGGAAACAUGCUAUACUUGUGAAGAAUACUAUGAUAUUCAAUGCAUUUGUUCUCUGUCAAGUUUUCAACGAGUUCAAUGCUCGAAAGCCAGAUCAAAUAAAUGUCUUUAAAGGAGUUACAAAAAACCACUUGUUUGUGGGAAUAGUUGGGUUUACAGUCAUCCUUCAGAUAAUCCUCAUCGAAUUCACUGGAGACUUUACCACAACUGUGAGACUUAAUUGGAAACAAUGGCUUAUAUGUAUUGGCAUUGGCAUUGUCAGCUGGCCCCUCGCUGCUGUUGGAAAACUCCUUCCAGUACCGAAGACUCCACUAUCCGUGUACUUUAGAAAGCCAUUUCGACGAUUCAGAACUCUUUGGAAUGCAUAA